CUGCUCAUAAUGGGGGAGGGGGGGGGGCAAUAAAUCACUGCAAACUCGCGUGAGUACCAUCGUCCUGUGGGGCAUUGUGAUUAUCAUUCUAUAAGAUUACAGUGUGACUGACUGAAUGACGGGACUUGGGGGCUAUACUUCAAUAGGCCCCCUUUGUUAAAAACUACAUUUCCAUUAUUGAGGCGGCCAAACUAUUAGUCCCAUGUCUCAUACAAUAAAUCUCCUUUCAAUAGAGACACUCGUCGGGUUAUAUAAAUCUUCACAUUGUAUCUAGCACCGCAAAAACACAUGGGCCUACAAUGAGGGUGUAAAGACUGCUAACUCAAUGCAUUGGUACUGGCCAAUAUACAUGAUGUAUGCCACAAUCGACUCAAAACGACGUAAAAAGGCAAGUCUCAUAAACAAAGUGAAUAAACAACAGGAAGAUAUUCACUGUCUUUGCCAAGAGCUGCUCCAAUUGCCCGCCACGCAUUUUCCUUCUUCAGGCUGUCCUUGUUGUCGGAUCUGGAAAUGUCAUAAAGACAUUUGUAACGUUUUACUUCACAUAUUAGUAGCUCUUUUGCGUCCGACAUUUUAACUUCGUUAUGUGAGGAAGCUCAAGCGUAAAACGACGUAAUCAAUUCCCAUUCCCCAUCUAGGCGCCUUUGAAAAUAUGCAUAAACAUGAGUCAUUGGUCCCAUGACCAGAAAAGUGAUCAUUCAUUGGUACGACGCCGCGAUCGGACGCAGAGAGUUAAAAUUUGUUGAACUCUUUAAUAUCGCACGCCGACCGAACGCGCUUCCGGACGCCGAUGGCCAUCGCCGUCGCACGCGAAAGUAUGAAUCAACACCACAACGUCAGCGUCGAGAAUUUGAUCGUGCGUCGGUCGCCGGCGGUCGUGCGUUGGAGUAUGAACUAGGCUUUAGACUUUUGUAACUAUGUAAUAAGUCAUUACGUGGUAUUCACAAAGCAUUCUUAUGCUUCUCCUAAUGCCUUACUUACUUCACCUCUCGUAACGCUCACGUUGUUUUGCGCGGUUGAGCACUUUGGCCGGGGUGAGUCAUUGAUGUAUUAUGAAAUACAAUUGAGCAUGUCGUCACUGUAAUAGACCUAUAUACAGGGACACCACAAGCUCUAUACACCAUUAUUUCCCGGAAUUUGCAAGAAGCGUGAUGGGACCGAAGAGGAGAAAAACUCUCGUCCCGCGAGAUGACGAGGAUGACACCAUUUUUAACAGCUGUCAGCCGAAGUUUUCCCCCACCGAAGUUCUAAAGUGUGUUAGUCUUGUGGAAAAGAAUUGGAGGGUUAUUAAUGACAAGUUUUCAGAUGUGAUUACAUUGAAGCGAAAGCAGGAUGUGUGGAGUGACAUAACGCGAAGAGUGAACAUCGUUGGCACAGUACUUAGAACAAACAAAAGCAUUCGGCACAAGUGGGACGAUAUGAAAUCAAAAGUCAAACAAAAGGCCGUCUAUGUAAAAAAGAUGUUGUCAAAAACUGGCAACGUGCCAUUGGAAGAUGCCAUUCCUCAGCUAACGGAAUUGGAGGAAAGGAUUGCAGGACUCAUCGGGACUGAAAUGAUUGAGGGAAUCACUGGCGGCAUAAAUACAGAAGAGCCUGUCUCCGGGGACCAUGACAACCACGAGGACCGCGACUUCGAUUUCGAAACGCGGAUAUCAGAACAAGAACUUCGAAACGAAAUAGAUACCAUUGCCUCCCUAGACAUUGCCGUCUACGAUGAAGACGUCCGUUCUCCUUCUCCACCACCAAGGAAUCGUGUGCGACCACAUAAGGGUCCCGUCUCCUGAUCGUUUAUGGAGUCCAUGGGAGAUUCUCCUCUUCCAGCAAAGAUGUCCGCUCAUGUAGAUUUGCAGAAAUCACUGACUGCUGCUCGAAAUAAGAGAGCUUCAUGUACCAUGACACGCCGUGAUGAUGUCAACUCCGAUGAAGCCGUCCGUUCUCCUACUCCACCACCACAACGCUGCAGCUUGCAAUCUUCAAAGCGUGGUUCUUCUGUCCUAGAAAGAACGUCAUCUGUACUUUACUGUCGGGAUCACCAAAGACAAAUCGUCGAGUUGUAGCGCUAUUCAUCACUCAUCCUGUCGAUGACAUCUCGGAUGGUGACGUUCCUUCAGCUUCAUAUUCUUCUUUCCGGCGAUCAGGAAAGGCUGGUUCAUCCAUGGGAUCUGCAGCAGAAAGGAAACUUUCCUAUGCGGCUGAAGUAGUCGUGGUAGAGAAGGAGCGGGUAGAAGUUGAGAAGAAGCAACUUGAUGUUGAAGAAAGAAGGCUUCACCUGGAAGAAACAAAAGUUGAUAUCUUUAAAAAGGCUGUGCAUCUUUUGGAUUUACUAGUCACGAAAGCCAGUGAAUCGGAGGAUAUUGGUCCAAAACUGAUGGAACACAGAUCUAGACAGGGCAAAGGAGAGUGAUUCCUUCAUGGUAAACUUGUUAACACUGCCGAAAUAUUACGGACAAUUGUGCCUGGGUUCUACAUCUGCCCUAGGUGACUGAGUUGUAGCCUACUACAAGUGUAACCUACUCUGCGAGAUAUGUAAUUGCUUAUCAUAGUUUUUUUCUUCAAAACAAUCAUGUGUUAUGGUAGAUAUCAUAGUUUAUUUCUUCAAAACAUUCAUGUGUU